AGCUGGGACUGGGCACUGGGAGCUGGGACUGGGCACUGGGAAAUGGGACUGGGAGUUGGGACUGUGCACUGGGAAGUGGCGUUGGGCACCGGGAGCUGGUCCUGGGCACCGGGAGCCGGGACUGGGAAGUGAGAGCUGACACUGGGCACCGGGAGCUGGCACUGGGAGCUGGCGACACCGGUGGUGACACUGGCAUACUGGGAGCUGGCACUGGCACCGGUCGGCGGGACCGGUCGCCGCUCUGCCCACCCCGGAAGCCCCGAGUCCCGCUCCGGGCCCCGCCCCCGUUCCAGCCCCGCCGCUUGGGCCCCGCCCUGCCCCACCCCUUUUCGUCCCGCCCACCGGGCCACGCCUCCGCCCCGUGCGCCUCCGUUUCCUCGUCGCGCGGUGCGCCCCGGGAAUUGUAGUCCCGCGUGCCCGCGCUGGCGGGUUGAGGCCAUGAGCGGCGCCGGGGGCUCGGAGCGGUCGGAGCAGCGGCCGGAGCGGCCGGAGCAGCGGCAGCGCGUUGUGCCCCCGAUUCCAGCUCUGGGGCAGGGAGGUGUCCUGCAGGAGCUGAUGCUCGGAGUGGGGCAGCCCCCAGACCCUGGGAUCAGCGAGGAGCAGCGCCAGGCCCGGGAGGAGUGGGAGGCUCUGGAGGAGAUCCAGUCAGGGUUGGGGGGCAGCUCAGGCGCGGCCCCCCCUCCGAUUUCCUUCAGUGAGGCGCUGCAGCACUUCCAGAGCGCGGAGCUCUCUUCCAGCCGGGGGAAGGUCCGGGCUCCGGGGCGCCGCGGGAUCCUGGCCGCCCUGCUCCGCUGCCUCUGCGGGCCCCCCCGGCUCCGCCCGCAGCUCCGCGGGGAGCAGGAGCUGGCGCUGGCCAUGGCGCAGUGUGCCCUGGAUGACUCGGAGCGGGUGCACAUGCGCAUCCUGCAGACCAUCUACCGGCAGCUGACGCGCUCCAGGCUGGGCUGCCCGCGCUACGGGGCACACUGGGAGGAGCUGGGCUUCCAGGCUCCCUCAGGCACUCCCUGUGCUCCAGACCCAGCUCCACUGGCCUCCCUUGGACAUGUUCCAGCACCUCAAUGUCCUUCUUGGACCCCAAAAUUGAUCCCAGGUGCAGAUCCCGGGACUGACCUGCGUGGGACGGGAAUGCUGGGGCUGAUGCAGAUCCUGUUCUUUGUCCUGGAUUCCCGGACGCUGCCGCUGGCACGGGAGAUUUUCCAGCUCUCUCAGCAUGAAACCCAGAAUUUUCCCUUCUGCAUCAUGUCUGUGAACAUCACCCGGAUCGUCAUCCAGGCGCUGCAGGAGGAGCGGCUCUCCCGGGAGUGCAACCGGCGGCAGCAGGUGAUCGGGGUGCUCAACGACCUCUACGCCGCCGCCUUCCUGCGCCUCUCCCGCCUCUGGGAGCAGCAGCACGGCACCGUGGCCAACGCUGCCUUCUUCCUCAAGGAGCUGGAAUUAUCCACCAAAAAGAAGCCGAGGCAGCUGCUGAAAUCCCUGGAAGCCUACCUGAGCCGCAGCCUUCAGCCUCCCUCCCCUCCCUCCUCCUCCCAGAUCCAAUUCACCAGCAUUUGUGACCCUGGCGUGGAGCUGGAGGGAGAUUCCUGACCGGUCUGACACGGAGUGGGACGCUGCACAGGGAAUUCUGCUGGUGGAUCAGCCCUUGGAGGGAGACACACCGGUGUUCCCCUGGUUAGGGCGCUCGGGAAGGGCUGGGAGAGCUCACAGAGCUGGGAUUUUGCCUGCUCCAGGUGGAACUUUCUGGAAGCAAAGAAGGAGGAGAUGGUAGAGCAGGGGAUUCCGUGAGCCACCCAGCCUGGUGCUGGGAUAGUCACUCUCCCCACCCCAAAUCCAGGGUCCCACCUGGGUCCUGACCCUCCCCAGGUGGAGCUGGAAGGUGCUGCUGGGUUCCUGGAUCCCAUCCCGGCCCCAGCAGCGCCUGGAAUGGGUAUCCCCCCACUUUGGGGGGCUGUGUCAGACCCCCCAGGGUCACUGUGGGCUGUCAGCACCCAAAAAAGUUAUUAAAGGGGGGAGACAAAGGGUCUGGUGGGAAAGAGUUUUGGAUUUGCCACUGGGGGAAGGAAAGGUGAGCUGGGGGUGCCCAGAGUCCACUUUGGGGUGAAAAAGGUGCUGUGGAGGAGAGAAAUGAGGGUUGAGAGCUCCAAGGGGGAGGGCAAGGGUUAUUCCCUCUGGGAGCUCAGGGCCAGUGCUUGGGAAUGUCCCCAGGCCCCUAAAAAUGGGGAAAAGCAGCCCCCAAAGGCCAAAUCUGGGGAGAAAUGAGGGGUUUGGAGAAGUGGGAGCUGGAGGAGAAUGGAACAUUGUGACCUCAGCCCCACUGAGAGGGCGAUGAUUCCUGGGGCCUGGGAAUGCUCCUGGAUGGAAAAAAAAAAUAAAAUAAAUGGAGAAAAAGGA